AUGAGGAAGGUUCCAGAAAAGAAAGGGAGAGGAAGCAAUUGCAAAGAAAAAAAGGAAGAGGAGGAAGAUGCCAGAAAAGAUAGGGAGAGGAAGCAGGUGCAAAAGAAAAAAAGGAGAGGAAGAAGGUGCCAGAGAAGAAAGGCGGGGAAGAAAUUACCAGAGAAAAAAGGGAGGGGAGAGGAGGAGGUGCCCAAGAAGAAAGGGAGAAAGAAGGUGCCAGAGAAGAAAGGCGGGGAAGAAGUUAGCAGAGAAAAAAGGAAAGGAGAGGAGGACGUUGCUAUAGAGAAGAAAUGGAGAGGAGGAGGGUAUCAGAGAAGAAAGGAGAAGAAGAAAAAGAAAGAAGGUGCCAGUGAAAAAAGGGAGAGGAGAGGAGGAAGGUGA